CAGGAUGUAUGCACCCCUUUUUCAGAUUUAAACAGACAUUCAUGCACAUGAAACGUGAGAUGCGGAUAAAUUAGUAAUUUCAAUAUAAAAACGGCUUCAUAUACCAUCAUUUUAAGCUUAGAAAUAUAUAUAAGGGUAAAAUUGAAACCCGUUGGAAGGAAUAUUUGAUAGGAGAUAAAAAAAAAAGAAAAAAGAAACAGCUCUAAAUUUGCGCUGUAAUUGCACUCUUUAGAGAUCAUCAAAUACAGAUUGAUUUUACAACAACAUUUGUUUAUCUCUGAAAUUGAGAAAUACAAUAUGAAUGCUCCUAAAUUACUGAUGUUGUUUUCAUUCGUGAUGCUAUCACCAGAGAAUGAAGCGAAAGAAAAUUACAACACUAGAAAUCGUAGAGCUGCCGGGGACAAUGUUGCCGAGAUGGACGAAAUUGCAAGAAGCGAUGCCGUCUAUGCCAGGAUGAGAAGUCAGUUAAGACUAUUGGACUAUUUUAUUGGACUUAGAGGUCCAAGGGUAGAUAUAAGACAGUUUGUUAACUGGGAUAAAACUAUCAUAAUUGACCAUUUAUUCUAUGUGAAACCUCAAACUAUCUGGGAAGUUCAAAGAGUAGUCAAGGCAGCGGCCAUGACAGGAAUUCACAUACGGGCAACAGGGGGCGGUCAUACACGUUCUCCGUUGUACCCGGAUGAAGGGCAGAUCUCUAUGGAUGUCAGAGAGCUAGAGCGUCAUGAUGGCCCUCGAAUGGAACUUCACAAACCGAACUCAGAAAGGUCGUAUUAUACCGUCACUGUAGUAACUGGAGUAUUAGAAUAUGACUUGAAUAAGUUUCUGGUAAAGAAUGGUCUCUCCAUGUUGUCACAGCCUCUAAUUGUCAAUGCUACAGUUGGUGGAAUGGUAGCCUCAUCUACACAUGGUUCAUCCUGGAGUGCUCCAACUUGGAGUGGUUAUGUGGUGGAAAUGCGCUUAGUAAACGCUCGCGGUCGUUUGCUACGUUUUUCCAAAGAAAAACGUCCAGAACUUAUGAAGGCACUAAUGUGUAAUCUUGGAAUGAUGGGAGUUAUGUAUGACAUCACAAUCCAAGUCAACGGGACGCUUAUUGCUAAAGUACAAAAUCAAUUUGUACCGUUAGAAGAUUUGUUCUAUAACCAAACUAACUUGAAAAACGUAGUCACGUCACAUUUCCUAACGGAAAUAUCUUGGUAUCCAUUUAAUUCUGUGACUCCAGAAGAGGAAGAAGUGUUUAGGCAUAAUAAAACAGUUCUCAAUUCUUGGACAGUUAAAAGGGACCUUGUAUGGCUUAGGACAAUUGUAUUGGUUGAUGCUGUACCUGGUAAUCACAUGAUACAAGGUCCAGUCUAUUUGCCAACCGGGGGAUCAAUAUCUGGUGGAAAUGAAACAGGAAUACUGAGAGGAAAGGGUGCACUGAACAUAGCAAAGCUGCUUCCGUCCGAGAGUUAUCAUUACUUGGUAGAUGCAUUUCCCACCAUUUUACCACCGAAGCAUGGAUCGGAAACCAGUGCCGCUUUUGUAUUGAAUAUUGAUAAUUCAUUUUCACGUCCACUCCGAGCAUUCAAGUUUAUGGCAGAAAAAGUAGAAAACCAAGUUAAAACGUCAGGAUCGUCUCCGAUGAACGCUUUCCUUCCACGAUUUCUUCAAAACAUGGAUUGUUAUUUGUGUUUUGGAAACAACGGAAUUCAGCAAGUCGACGAUACUGGCCGUUCUAUGGUGAUCGACUUCCUAGCCCCGCCCACACAGUUCGGAUUUUAUGACACAGCAGCAAAUUUUGUCCAGCAAUUUCGUCAUGAGAAAAUACGUCCCCAUUGGGCAAAGCGACAUACAGAUAUACCAGGGAUCGUUGAUGUCAUAAAAGAGACCUAUGGUGACAACAUAGAGAAAUUUAAUCAACUGAAGUUUGAUUCAGGAAUAGAUAAAUGUGGACUAUUUAUGAAUAGCUACCUGACCGAAAUAUUUGGUCGUCCCCAAAGUUAUUACAAGUGGUGUUAAAUCUUUCAUAAUUUGAUAAAAUUAAUAAGAAAAUAUUUGUAUACAGAUCUUCCUGGUUCGCUACCUUUUCAACUCAAUAUGGUUUAAAUAUCUUCUGAUAGAGUCGAUUUUAAUCCGAGUAGUGUUCUGAUAAAGUGGGUGUGUGAAUUUGUUCAUCAUUGUACCGUUUGAUUAUGUAAACAACAUUGAAAGGGCGUUGAGACAAAACGGACAAAGUAUUUUGUUUACUUUUAUCUUUUAAAUGAAUAAUAUUUUUAAGUUGUCGGGUGCAAUUAUUUAUAACCAAUGAUCAUUCUCCUUUUUAUGAAAUUUCCGUAAUAAACAAUUUAUAGUUAUUUGAGGGUCUUGGUGGGGUUUACAGAAUAGAGAAUAAUGGGUAAAAAUUGCAGAAUAAAGAGCAAAAAAUAGAGAAAAAUUGGCCAAAAAAAAUAAAGAACGGAGAAUGGGGUGCUGGAAUAUAAUGAAAAGAGAAUAAGGGUAAAAAAUAAGGCUAGAGAAAAAUAAUAUAAAAAGGUAAAGAAUAGAGAAAUGAAGGACCUCAUUCCAGACCCUCUUAUAUAUGUGAAUUAAAUAAUAAACACAUUAUCUUCCUGUACAUGUCAUUGCACGGAUGGUUGCAACUCUACUAGUAGAUUUUUUUUAGUGCAUAUGCACUUAAAUUAAGUCAUACAGUUUCAAUUACAAAACACUUUCGCCUGGUUAAUCAUGUUGAGGUUGGGGAAUUACAAGAAAUCUGAAUCUUAAAAGAAUCUUCAUAAACAAAGAGUGGUUCGCAUGCCCAAUUGGUGGACCUAUUGUAUAGCAUUUCUAAAUGACAAUUUACAAUGUGUAUUACGGACUUCUUAAGCGGUUCGAAUGACAAGAGAAAAGGGAGACAAGUACAUUGUCUUGAUAACAUUGAUUCUAUUAUACUUUCCGCUGCCUAGAUGUAUGUUAUUUGUUCCCCAAUUUCUUCUUUUCCGUAAAGAGAGCACUAAGAAGACAAAAACUAACUGAAGGCUAUUUAACAAUGCAAAGAUACAAAAUUAUAUCUAUAUUUCCUUUAUACUCUCUUUUUGAAUAAAAAGUCUGCGACAUUUAAAAAUAUUUAACUUUAAUCCAUUAAAAAUUGUAACAAGCAAACAAUAUUGUAAAGGGCACAACAAUUUAAUACUUCGUUCCUUGAUCUCAUUUUUAACAAACAAAAAUGCAAGGUGUCCGUAUUUUAUGUACAGAGUAUUUUAUUCCUUGCUACGAAGAUUUUUCUCUAUUCCUUUUAAAUAUCCUUAAUUUGAAUUGAGUGAUACUUAAAAAAUGACGCAAUUUGGCCAAAAUGCUGACUAAGUUCUUUUUAGGAAAACGUCUUAUCGAAGAUGUUAUUAAUGCACAAAAUAACAAGACACGACCAAAGAACAAAAAAAAAAAUGAAAUUUGUGGUCACUAAUCUACAAAAAUGUUUAAAUACAUUCAGAACUUGAAAAUAAAGAUUCCAAUUAACUAUUCUAUCUAUUCUACUAGUGUAAAUACAGUAAGACACAUUUUUUUGUCUUUAAAAACUUGUGUGAUCUAAUUUAUUUCUACGAUUGUUUUUUUUAAGUAUCCUAUAUUUUUAUAACAGAAAGUGAAAAGAGCUACAAAAUUGUUGGAAUCAUAACCUUUGUAUAUGUUAUUAAACGCGAUACCAAUAACAAUUUGAGAGAAAGCAUUGUAUAUACAACGGAGGUAACGUCAAUCUAAACAUAAUGUUUUUAUCAUAAAGUUGGUAGUUGCGCUACAUCAUCAUUUUCAACACAAAGGUGGCACAAUCCCACGUACACACUGUGUUCCAGUGCAACAUAACUACAAAAUGCAGCCUGUUUGUAAUUUCAAUGACGGGCGCUAUGUACUGAUUUCAAAUCAGCUGCUGUCUUGAGAGGAAUCAACCGACUGGCUGGAGAAGUCGAGUAGGACUUUUGCAAUAUCGUUUUCUUCAGUAUCCUGUAAUAAAAUAAAUCUGUAAGUGUAGAGUAAUUCAUGUAUACGUAGUUGUAAUAUUUAUAAGUAACUAAUGAAAUUCCUGUAAUCAGAAAACAAUCAAACUGCAAGUAUCCCGGAUGAGGAUUAAAGUUCUAAAGCCAUAUUAAAAAAAAACACGUUGGUUUCGUUGCAUUUGAAAAUGGUAUAGCUUCAAUAGGUAGAAAGAUAAAAAGUAAUGUGUAAUUUGGGAAAAAUUCAUUCUCGCCUUGACAUGGGCUAUAUGUGCUGAGGUUGCGUUAAACUAUUAACCAAUCAAUCAACAAAUAAAGACCGCAUAAUAAAUGGCAUAAAUUCAUAUGUUUUAGGCGAGAGUUCAAAAUGCGAAGCUACCGUACAAAAUACACACAAUAAUUCCUUACAUUUCAUUCCGUGAGGUCCUAUAUGAAACUCUCCAUUUUAAUGACAUAUUAUUUUUUAAGUUACUAGCAAGGAAAUCUAACAUUUGUUAAAAAAAAUGAUUAAAAUUCAAUGAAAUCAUGUAGGAGGGUCUUCAUGUAGAUGGAUACGAAUAAAAGGAGAUUUUUGUUAUACGUCAAUAACGAAGAAGCUCUAAAUCGUCUUGAGCCAACAACAAAAAAAGAAAAAAACUGUGAAUAAAUGCAACAAAAACCGUCAAAAACCCGCAAUCAAUAUCAAGUUCUAAAAAAAUUUUAAAAUCCUGAUUACUUUAUCCCUUUCACAUAAUGUAUCAUGUUCUGGUUUCUAGUACUGUCAGGGAACGUAUAAAUUGUUAUUUUUGAAAACAGUCAAAACAUCUUAGAAACAUUAAGAAUGGAGUAUUCCAUGAAAAACCAUUCAGCUGCUGCGGUCUACAUAUUCUGAUUAAAUUACAAAUUUCUGGUCCACUCUGCUUACUUUUGAGCGUGGACACACUCUAUCUUAUAUAUAUAGUCUUUUUAAUUAUUUUUUUUUUUUUAUUCGUAUCUAUUGUGGAUCUGUAUUACAAUAAUAUUUGGGUCUAUACACCCCCAUCCCUUGAGAACAUGACCUUAUUCAUGGCUCUGAUAAUUAAAAUACACCACAGUAGAUUACAAACUUAAUUAAGAAGCAUAACAAUGUUUAUACAAACCUGUUUUAUUUCACAAUUAGUGUGAGUUUGUACCUCUUCUUGCUCUGAGUAUCUGAAAAAAAAUACACAAUUAAUAUUUUUAUGCCAAAUUGUUUUAAAGAGUACGCGUCUGGAGUACAAAAUUUUAAGCCAUAAGUAUCUAUGAUGGGUUUAUUCGGCGUCCGGAAAGGUUUGAAGUCGGGAAGUUAAUCUCUCCAACAUAAAAUUAGCAUUUCAAUUCAAUUCAAUUCAAUAUUUUAUUUAAGUCUCAUCUCCCAAAAAUAUAUAAUACAACAUCACAUUAAGAGUAAAAUAUAGAUAUAAAAUAGAGCCUUUAACAUUAAAACAUUACAGAAAAUUCGUCUAUUAAAACAUAUUUAUAAGUACGUUAUUUACAGUAUAAAACAUUUCUACGUCUAUGUACAAUAAGAUAACAGGCUUUGACACAGCUACAGUUACUGUCCGGCAAAAAGGCAAUAUCGAGACGAUGAACAAGAAAUCGUCGAAAUAAAAUUUUUACAACUAGUGCCAGGGGUAGGAUGGCACACACAAGAGGAACGAGUUUUAUUGAUUAAGGAAAUAUAUGAACCUUGUGUAGAUUCGGAAAAUUUAGCCUUAGCGUGAGCAACUUAUAAAACUACGCCUUUACCAAAUGAUACUGGAGUUGUCUUUAUCAUGCUAAUAACAUGGUACUUUUCCAACAUGGGUUUGGUUUUGUUUUAUCCUUCUCUAGAGAAAAUGUGUCUUCUAUCAAUACCCGGGUUCCCAUGGGUGUUGUCUAUUAUAAUUCAAUAGUGUACGCGUAGCUCUAUACAUUUCGUUUUGGUUUUCAUAUUUUUGGAUCGUUGUUUCAUUGAAAUAUACCCCAAAUCUCGUGUCUUUGAAAAAUGAUGUAAACAUGUUAUUGUCAAAGCUCUUACUCUACAAUAAUAUAUAUAUGUGCUAAAUAAACUUACAAUUUUUUA